UCUACGUCGUUUCGAAAUUUCUCCACAGCACACCACCAUAAAAGAGCCCGCGCUCCCUUACAAAAAACAACCCGAACAAUUUUUAUUAUGUGAAUUCGCGAAUCCGCAAUCGGUUAGUUUUUAUUUCCGCAUUUACGAAUCUUUUCGAUUUUUCAGAACCGAUGAUUUGGAAUUUGUACCAGUUUGGUAGGGACGAAUUUUGUUCACUGGGAUGUUGUGUGGAGAGUUCCACAGAGCUCCCAUAGGUUUACAUUUGAAUAGUGUCUUUCUCUCGGGAAAUCCGAGUCCUUACUGCUCACUGCUAACGUUAGUUCGUGGAAUGGCAGCCAUCACAGCGCAAGCCGUCCACGAAGAUGAGGACAUUUUUCUUGAAAAUGGCCUCUUAAGCUAUGAGAACCCGAACUACCGUCUAGGUCCUUCGAACCGCCUAGACGAUGCCCUAAACUCGAACACCGAGAGCCUCUACGAAGAUAUUUACCAAGAGCUAGACGACAUCUGCAACAUGGGCCACGGAGUCAAGGGCUCAGUCACCACAAACGCCAGUAGAAAAGCUUACGCCGCUUUAGAUAUUACUUCCAUGGGGGUCGACAUUAACAAGGGACCUCUGACUCAAAAUUACGUGGACAAUAGAAGGGGUAAUGAGUGGAAUGGAAAUUCUAUGUCUGAUAAGGAGUUGAGUGAAAGUUCUACUGUCUGGGAAAACUUGUUCGAGAAAAUGACCAAAGAAGAUGAGAACGGCAUCCAACACAUCGUAGGUAAUAUAACGAAUGAUCUGUAUGCGGUACCAAUGAGAAAAUGUCAAAAGAAUAUAGACCAAAUAGACACAAAUAAUUCUCCCGAAAAGGAAUGGGAUAGUCAAAAUGAACUGCCGCCCGGAUGGGAGAAACACGAAGAUAACGAUGGUCCGUACUAUUGGCACAUAAAAAGCGGUACCAUCCAAAGAGAAAUCCCUCUUGUAGAAAAUAAUAAACUAGAAAAAUCCAAUUCCAAACUAAAUCUGAAGGACGGAAACCUAAUUUCGUCGUUUGAGAAUAAUUUAUCAGUAACGCGGAGCAGUACUAGUUCAGCAUUAAAUUUGGACGGUGACGACAGAAAGAGGAAAGAAGAAAUAGCAUUAAAACGAAGGAGUUUUCCUUCGAAACCAGACCAAGAUUGCAAAGAACGUCCCAUCAGAUUUGCUGUGAGAUCUCUCGGAUGGGUGGAGAUUUCGGAAGACGACCUGACUCCGGAGCGAAGCAGUAAAGCUGUAAAUAAAUGCAUAGUCGAUCUCUCUUUAGGCAAGAAUGACUUAUUGGACGUUGUUGGAAGGUGGGGAGAUGGUAAAGAUUUAUUUAUGGAUUUAGACGAAGGUUCCUUGAAGUUGUUUGACCCGGAGAAUUUGACAGUUUUAAAUACUCAGCCAAUCCACACUAUCAGAGUUUGGGGUGUAGGAAGAGAUAAUGGGAGGGAUUUCGCGUAUGUAGCAAGGGAUAGAACCACACGCAAGCACAUGUGUCACGUGUUCAGGUGCGACAUGCCCGCCAGAACCAUCGCCAACACACUAAGGGACAUAUGCAAGAAGAUAAUGAUCGAAAGAAGUUUGCAACAGAAUUUAGGAAAAGCUAUCGAUGUAAAUGGUAAAUCUCUAGCGACUAGACCAAAUAAUUUACCGACAGAACACAGACGUCCAGCUAGAAAUUCUCAAAUUUUUGUUUCUCAGUCUUUUCCAACACCAAUGGAAGAACCAAAAAAGAUUCUCCGAGCCCAGUAUUUAGGAUCCACGCAAGUGUCCGCAGCCACUGGAAUGGACAUCUUGAACGAAUCUAUAGAUAGGUUGGUGGCCGCAGUUCCGCGAGAACAGUGGCAGCCUGUUAAUAUAUCGAUAGCUCCAUCUAUGAUUAGUAUUCAUCAUCCAAAUGAUGAACGUGUUUUAGCAGAAUGCAGAGUUAGAUAUUUAUCAUUUUUGGGUAUAGGCAAAGUAAUUAAGCACUGUGCGUUUAUCAUGCACACGGCACAAGAUACUUUCGUGGCGCACGUGUUUUAUUGUGAACCCUCGUCAGGUGCUUUAUGUAAAACUAUAGAAGCAGCAUGUAAGCUUAGGUACCAGAAAUGCCUGGACGCUCACCCCCAAGGUUUGGGGAACCCUAGUACUAAUGUACAUACUCCUGGCAGCAGUAUUGGAGCAGCUUUGAAAUCAAUCGUAGGAUCGCUUAGAGGUCGAAAGAGCAAGAGUACAGAGUCUUGAGAUAACUUUAUCUUAAUUCAGGACCUAGGCACAGGAUCAGCAGAGCGUGACGUGAUCAAACACAGGCACCUGCAAUCACCCCUAACACAGAAGUACUUUAGUCCUAGUAACCCUCCAUCUGCGAACCUCAACUCUCUCCUUUCACCUAUGAUGAUAGCAAAGACGUACCGAGAUUUCACACUGUCUCGUCGCCGUGAUUCCCUUAACUGAUCUAUUCCCUUUACGUUUACCCCCUCUCCCUCCUCUUUCAUCGAUGUUUCCUUUUCAAAAAGCGUAGAAUAAGAUAUAAUAUUAACUAAAUAUGAAAUUGUUGAAUCUCUAUUUAAAGAAAUUAUUUAUUCUUUUCAUUUUCGUUUGGAUAAUUUUUGAAGGCAGCUAAAGGUAGCAUAUAAUUCGACGAAGAUCUCUUGAAACAAUUAUUUUUGCAAAAAUUUUUCGGAACUUCCUUGAUUUGUUCAAAAUUUCUUCAGGACUUUAUCCAGUAUAUGAACAACUUUGGGAACUCAGUUUGUCAGAACCUAUUGUAUUGUCAGUUUUAAUAUUUUGAUUGAUUGGGCUGCUAUAUAUAAUUAUAUUUAAAUAUAAUUAAACACAUAUAUACCAAAGCGCAACAACUAGUGGUAGAAAGGUGAACGUCAAACUCAGAAAUUCCCGAUACAUCCUGGAGUAUAUCAGGGGAACACCAUAUCACCGAAACUGUUCACUGCGAUUUUGGAACAUAUAUGUAAAUGGGCAAAACUGACCGACCUUAAUCACCUGAGGUUUGCAGAUGACAUUGUGCUAAUAGCUGAUAGAAUAGAUGUGGCCAAAGAACAUUUAAAUGAGCUCUACUUUUCCUCGUAUGUACGGGAUGUACUGUUGAUGAAAUCUUUAACAAAUCUGUGAAACCCCGAGACACCUUCGCGAAAGCAUAAAAUUAAAAUUGGAAUUAGAGAUUAAUUAAUAUAAAAGAUCUUCGUCGAAUAAUAAUCUAUUCAGUGGAUUUCCUAAAACCAAAAAAUAGCCUUUUGAGCCAGAAUAGUCCAUAUGUAAUGGACGCGGUAAACUGGCCAUAUUAAAAUAAAAAUUUACAGCCUCUAGAGAGCGAUGCCAACUUUGAAACCAGUUAAAAUUUUUAAAUCAAAACAAGUUUAGGGAAUUGAAAUUAGCUGUUGGUAUCAACUGUUUUUAAAGUUGGCAGAACUUUUUGACAGGUAUGUUAACCGACAAAAAAUGAUGCGUAAGACUGUAAGAUUAUCUAUUAGAUCUAAAACAAAUAGGACUGCGAAAAUUAAUCAUACGAAUCUAUAUUUGAACAGACGGAAAAGAUAUUAUUCACACCAGCGGUGUUUAAAAAGCUUGGAUUCUCUUUAUACAGAACAAAAAUUGUUAUUUGAAAAAUGGAAGUUGAAAAAAAAUGGUUUAUUAUAAGGCAUUAAAACAACCUUAGCUUAACAAUAAUAAAUCACCAGGAACUGAUCAAUGGUCUUAAGGCGUGUGAUUCCCGUUACAUAAAAAAGCUCCCGUGGGACAACUACAGAACUAUAACCCUGUUAACAACUGCUUACAAAAUAUUAGCAAAUAUUUUUUAUGUAAGGCUGCAAGUUUACACAGUGGACAUAAUAGAAAAAUAUCAAGCCGGAUUCCUCCAGAAAAAUGAACAAUUGACCAGAGUCAUUAAAUAAGACAGAUCCUCGACACACUGAUGACAUUGUAGACGGGGAGGCAGCGCUGAAAAAUCUCUUUGAAUUUACUAAAGCUAAAUUUUUCAUAGUUGAUCACUAUGAUUGUGUAGA